ACCAAGACGGGUACGACCGUAACGAGUGCGACCAAGACGGGUACGACCCCAACGGGUACGGGCCAAGGGACUGGGCGCAUGAAGAUAGUACGUGCGGACACAAACCCUCUGAACGGUGGUGAUCGACUCCCACUCAUUACAUACGUAAAACCUGGAUCAUCAUAUAGCUUCGAUGCAACCAACGUUAAGUACUCGAAAGCAAACGAGCAAAUUCACCUAAAUGUAACGAUGUGCAAUGGUAAUGAGGCAGAUGCAGUAACUGUGAAUAGGUCGAAUACCGAUACGUAUGAAGUAUCUGCAGAAACAAUAGAGCGGAUGAUGAAGACGUUCAAUUGUUCAGUUAAAAGUCGAGUGAAACGUAACAAUGAAAACGGCAACUAUAGUAUGACUUUAAUCAUUUAUGUAGAUAAAAACGAUACGUCUAUGAAUAUCACUAUAGUUGGUUAUUCCAUUUAUCCUUCAGCAACAACAACUCCUCCUUCACCAACACCCACUUCUCCUUCGUCACCACCCACUUCUCCUUCACCAACAUCCACACAUGCAACUACGCAUGCGUCCACGGCUGCACCCACAACGCCCGCAGCAAGUUCAAAUGGUACCGGUUGGAUUAUUGCAAUCGUGUUUAUAGUAUUAUUUGCACUCACGCUGAUUGCUGCAGUC